GACUUGGCUAUCACCGCCAUAAUAGCCUUUCUGUGGCUGGUCAGUACUUUUGUUUGGGCAAAGGCCCUUGCUGACAUCAAGGUGUCCACAGGGGCCAGCAUCGUUCCAGGAAUUGAAUCUUGCAAAGCCCCAGCAACAACUUGUCAUUAUGUUUCUGUGACCAGCAUGGGAACUCUGAACGUGUCUGUGGUGUUCGGCUUGCUUAAUAUAGUUUUAUGGGGCAGCAAUGUUUGGUUUGUGUACAAGGACACAAACCUGCACAACCAAUCAAACAGAAUUUCUCAAAGUCCGGGAAUAUAG